AUGAACUAUCUUCCUGGUUUGAAAGGUCCUCUUCCUUUUGAGCUCGAGACUGGGUAUGUGAGUGUUGGUGAAUCUGGAGAUGUUGAGCUCUUUUACUACUUUGUGAAAUCAGAGAGAAAUCCAGAAAAGGAUCCUCUCAUGAUUUGGCUCACUGGUGGCCCUGGAUGCAGCUCCAUAUGUGGAUUGCUCUAUACAAACGGCCCUUUAGCUUUUAAAGGGGAUGAGUAUAAUGGGACACUGCCUCCUUUAGAGCUAACAUCUUUUUCAUGGACAAAGGUGGCUAACAUUUUAUAUGUGGAAUCUCCUGCUGGUUCUGGAUUUUCUUAUGCCAGAACUCAGCGUGCUUUUAAGUCGAGCGAUACCAAACAAUUUCACCAAAUCGACCAAUUCCUCAGAAGUGUUAAGAGUUGGUUUGUGGAUCACCCUGAGUUUAUAUCGAAUCCAUUUUACGUUGGUGGAGAUUCAUAUUCCGGGAGAAUUGUUCCAGGAGUUGUGCAACAGAUUUCACUUGGAAAUGAGAAAGGUCUCACACCACUCGUUAAUAUCCAGGGAUAUGUUCUUGGAAACCCUUCGGUAGGUAGCAAAUUUGAAAUUAAUCAUCAAGUUCCGUUUGCUAAUCGGAUGGGACUUAUUUCAGAUGAGCUCUUUGAGUCACUUGAAAGAAGUUGUGGAGGCAAGUUCUUCAACGUAGACCUGAGUAAUGCAGAAUGCUCAAAUGGUCUUGAAAAUUAUCAGCAGUGUAUCUCAGAGAUAUACAAAGAGAAUAUUUUGUUACCAAACUGCGAAGUAGAUUACGUCAUACCACCAGAAACCUUACAAAACAUCAGAAUCGGUAAAAGACGAGUAAUGAAGGAGUUUUCAGGAAAUGAUUCAUCAGCAUUGCCUCCUCGUAGCUGCUUUAGUUUCAGAAAUUCUGAAAUCUUACAUGCAUCGUCCUCUCAGACUUAUAAGUAUUUUCUGUCUGCCUUUUGGGCAAACGAUGAAAAUGUACGCAGAGCUCUAGGCGUGAAGAAGGGAUUCCGAAGAUGGAGUCGAUGCACCACCCAGUAUCUACCAUACACAUAUGAUGUUCGCAAUGCCAUUCCGCAUCUUGUGAACAUUAGUCGUAAAGGCUUCCGCUCUCUCGUCUACAGGCAAGAUUAA